CGUCAUCUCGCUGCCAACACAUGCAUCGGCUCUCUCCAGUCUGUAGCCUGUGCUUCUCGCUCGCUUCGCUGCCCAUGGCCAAGGUCUAUAAAGAAGAGUCGCCAGCUGCAGCUAGCAACAACUGUACUUUACUGUAUACUGUACUUCCAGGCCGAUCAAGUUAGCCUCGUGAUUACCUGAUCGAUAUAUCAAGCUAAGACACACUGAUCGAUCCAAAGCGAUGGCGCCGCCGGAGGAGGAGACGGCGGCGAUGAAGGCCCCGCUGCUGGAGCCUGUGAGGCUGCGGGCGGAGGCGCAGGCGAUCGCCGGAGACGAGGAAGAAGAGGAGGGGAACAAGGGGUUUGGGAGGAGAUUGCUGGAGGAGAACAAGAAGCUGUGGGUGGUUGCCGGGCCGUCCAUCUGCACGCGGUUCUCGACGUUCGGGCUGACGGUGAUCAGCCAGGCCUUCAUCGGCCACAUCGGCGCCACCGAGCUCGCCGCCUACGCCCUCGUCUCCACCGUCCUCAUGCGAUUCAGCCACGGCAUCCUCCUGGGCAUGGCGAGCGCCCUGGACACGCUGUGCGGGCAGUCGUACGGGGCGAAGCAGUACCACAUGAUGGGCAUCUACCUGCAGCGGUCCUGGAUCAUUCUCUUCGGCUGCUGCAUCCUCAUCCUCCCCAUCUACGCCUUCACCGAGUCGAUCCUCAUCUUGCUCGGCCAGGACCCCAGGAUCUGCGCCGUCGCGGGCACCAUCGGGCUCUGGUACAUCCCAUCGCUCUUCUCCACCGCCUUCAACUUCACGCUCCAGAUGUACCUGCAGUCACAGAGCAAGAACUUCGUCAUCACCUACCUCGCCUUCAUAAGCUUCUUCCUCCACCUGUUCCUGUCCUGGCUCUUGACCGCCAAGUUCCACCUCGGACUCGCUGGGGUCAUGUUGUCCAUGAUCAUCGCCAUGUGGAUUCCGGUGCUUGGGCAGCUUGCCUUCGUGCUCUUUGGUGGCUGCCCUCUCACGUGGACAGGGUUCUCGUCCACCGCGUUCACCGACCUCCUCCCCAUCCUCAAGCUCUCCGUAUCCUCUGGUGUCAUGCUCUGUUUGGAGCUGUGGUACAACAGCAUAUUGGUGCUCCUAACUGGGUACAUGAAGAAUGCAGAGGUUGCACUUGACGCUCUUUCAAUAUGCCUUAAUAUCAAUGGUUGGGAGAUGAUGAUUUCUGUCGGCUUUUUGGCUGCAACAGGAGUGCGUGUGGCAAACGAGCUUGGAGCUAGAAGCGCAAGAAAGGCCAAGUUUGCCAUCUACAACGUAGUCACCAUUUCUUUCUUGAUAGGCGUCGUGUCAUUUGUGUUCUUCCUACUCUUCCGCGGAAAGCUUUCUUACGUAUUUACCGAGAGUGAAGAGGUAGCUGCCGCAGUUGCUGACUUGUCACCUCUUCUGGCCUUCUCCAUAUUGGUGAACAGCGUUCAGCCAGUGCUAUCAGGUGUUGCUGUUGGUUCAGGUUGGCAAAGCAUAGUUGCCUAUGUUAACCUGACAACAUAUUACUUGAUCGGUAUCCCUCUUGGAGCAAUCCUAGGUUACGUUGCUGGGUAUCAUGUGAAGGGCAUUUGGAUCGGCAUGCUGCUUGGAACAGUGGUCCAAACUAUUGUACUUCUGUUCAUAAUAAUCAGGACUGACUGGCAAAAAGAGGUAGAGGUUGCUCAGGAGAGAUUGCAGAGAUGGAACAUGGAAGGCAACAAAAGAACGGCAGACUCAAAGGGAAGUCCAUGAGAUUAAAAAAGAUCUGGCUCGAGUGUCGAAUAGCUCAUUGAAGGUAGAACUCAGUGGUACUCUGCUCGGUGUUCGCGAACCCUUUCAAAGGAUAUAUCUACAUUUUUUUUUCACAAUGCCAAGAAUGGGAACUGGUGGAAGGAACAUUAGCAGACGCAGACGUCCCGGGGAUCGUAUCCUCGAGAUCGAGCAAACGACAACAUGACCAGCAACAUUGAUGCUCCACUAGUGAAGGGAGAGCCUGCGUGUGUGCUAGCUAGUGGCACAAGUUUUGUUUCUGUAAUUAUUUUGGCCGUUGUAGUGAUGUUUUUCUCAUGAGAGUAACAUGUUGCGAUUCCGCAAACAUGCUAUUUUGUAAGUACAUCAAUUGCCAAUUGGACUUAUCAUAGAUCUUCGGUGUUGUUCCUCAAAAAGAAAAAAGAUCUUCGGUGCUGCUGUGAUUACGAAACAAUCGAUUAUUCAGUUGUCUUGUGAUGA